AUGGCCUGUCCAAUCCCCCGCAAAUACCCACCCAAGCAGCCCCCCUCCUGGAAACCCCCCGUCCCCCGCUGGCAGCUCACCUUCCCCUCCACCAUCAACGCCGUGCACACGCUCUACAUCGGCAUCCAAUCGCACACGAGCCCCAACCCGGCCCUCUCCUCCGCUCUCGCCUCCCUCACCACCUGGCUCGCCCACACCGCCCGCCCCGCCAGCAUCGACGCCUUCCUCACCGAAACCACCCUCGCGCACGACCUUCCGCACUCCCGCGUCUGGGUCCUGUACUUCACCUCCCCCACUGUCUUCACCGCCGCGCUCGCGACAUUGGAUCUGCCAGCGCGUCACCGCGCCGCAGGGCCAACCGUGGGCUUCUGGGCCGAGAGCUUCAGCACGCCCAUCUCGCGCCUCGAGACCAAUUAUGCGGGUUUGCACGAGCGGCCCGGCCUGGCGAGGCUGUCGGAGGUGGGGCGGGAGGGCCACGAGUUGAGCGCAUAUUGGGGCGCCGCGAGGGAUCGGAUUCCGGCGUCGGGGGAGGAUUUGUUCGCGUUGCCCGGCUCGAAGGUUCCGGAGCCUGACGGGAGGAAUGGGGAUGGGGAGGAGUUGAGGGAGGCGCGGGGGAAGGGUGAGAAGGCGAAGACGACGUGGCAUGUCACGGACGAGUUGAGUACGGAGAGCGAUGCGGUGGAGGUGCAGAUUUUGAGGGAGACAGAGGUGCCUAGGGGAUAUGGGCAGCGGUUGGUCGGUGGGAACUAUGAUAACAUGACGCAUAUCCGCUCCGGACAGUGCUGGGACCAGUGUCCGGAGGACGAGGCGGAGGCGUAUACGCGACCGGGAGGCCUGCAGGAGAAGUUGAUGAAGGGUAUGGAAUAUCUUUGGACGCAUCCGGAGGAGACGGGAACGUUGGGGCUGCGGUGGUUGAGGAAUGUCGUGUCAGACGAGAAUAAGAAGCCGGAGGGCGAAGCACGAGCGGACGGAACGAGCGUGCGACCCAUCAACGAGACCUGUGGUGCCGGCUUCUUCAGGAAUCUGAAGGAUCUGGAGAACUGGUCGUCGACACAUCCGUCGCACAUGGCCAUCUUUACGGGCGCGCACAAGCACGCGAGGGAGUGGGGGUCGGACAGGAAGUUCAUGACCUGGCAUGAAGUGUCGGUGUUGAAGAGGGGAGAGGCAAGGUGGGAGUACGUUAAUUGCGACCCUAGGACGGGAGUGGUGCGAUACGUGAAGAUGGACAGUGUGGAGGACCUCAGUGCUAAGCAGUAG